GAUGGUCAUAGUUGGAGAGUUUUUGAUCACAAAUUUACUGAAUCAAGGUCGACUUGGAACGAAACAACAAUAACCAAAUGACUCAUAAGAAGUUUCAGCAUAUAACAAACAAUAUUGCUGAAUAGUGUGAUAAUUCAUUUGAGUGGAUUUAUAAAACAAUUAAAAGUACAGUCUGUUACCAAGAAGGAGUAUAUUUUUAGAGUUAGUCACGGAAGGAAAAGAAACUAAAAAUGACUUGACAUGGAAGGUUCAAUUUUGGACUACGAAUCCGAGUUUUCUGCUCUUGGAGCAGGGAAACUUGGAGAAUAUGACAAUGAACUAAUUGAAGCCCCAGAAGAUGAAGAAGACAAUGAUCUCCGAAAUGAUGAAACUUUUGGACUUUCUGAUGAUGCAUAUGAAUGGCAGGAAGACCAUAAUCCAUUACAGGCAGGUUUUCCGCUUAAUAGCAGACCAAUUGAAAAUCAAGGUCUUGAAAAAUCAUCUAAGUUGUCUCAGGAGAUCACCCCCAAAGCAUUCCUAGAUGAGAAUUUCGAGGAUGUCUUCCGAAUACAGGAGGAGUUUCUGGAAGAAAGUAUUUACAAUCUUGUGGUUGAUGAUGAUGAGGAGGAGGAUGAGAGGCUUGAUUUGUCUGAUAAGAGAUUUAAUGCCAAUACAUCAGUCUCCAAUUCAAGUUAUGCUAAAGAUGUACCAAAAAAACCUAUUAAUCUUAAUCAUUUGUUUGGUCCAUCAUCUCCUCCUGGACUUUUGGAUACUGAGCACUUGGUAUCACCAAACAGCCACAGUAUUUGGUGGUCUCCUCCAGCAGAGAUUUUGCAGCCUGGUAACACACAGCCCAAACCAAAUCCACCUGAUAGUCUUCAGUCUUUCUUUAAUUUUGCCAAAUCGACUGGGCAAACUAGCCUUCAGAAUUCAAAACAAAUGAUGCAGUCAUCUCGCAGCAUAACAAGACCUCAUACACUGGCAGAAGUGGAAAAGAAACUUUUCUCAAAUGCUAAUGUUGUAACUGCAGAAGAAUUGGAAAGGCAUAUGAGAGGGGAUGUUCCUACAUCAAGUAACCAAAAUUUGGAUCAUGUGUCUCCAUUUUCAAUGGCUGCGCCCAUUCCUCCUGUUGGUUCAGCGCCUUCAUCGUUUACAUCUCAGGUGUUUAAUAAUGCACAUGAUACAAACAAAAUGUCCGGAAGCUUAAAUUCGAUGCCAACUAUUGCUUCUAUGAAUGGCAGGGGUUCACCAUGUUUACCACCUGGAAUCCUUCCAUCACAGCAUCUGUUACAAAAUGGUGGACCAUCAUCACAACUCUUGCAAGGAAUGCAAGCACGACUUAGCAAUGGUCAUGGCCCAUCACCUAUGCCUGGUAAGCAUGUAGCUGUGUAUGUAUAUGUGCAUAAAAUCUUUGUUUUUUUAUUUUUUGUAUUCCAUUUGUCUAUAACUUCUUUUGAAAAAUAAAAAGA